AUGGGCGUUCUCACAUCGCAACCCGGCAAGGGCAUCUACACUCUCCUGGCCGUCGUCUUCAACACCGUCAGACUUCCUCUCUGGCUGCUCUACUACAUUCCCAGCGGCACUCGCCCUCACAAGUCAUGGACCUAUCGCCAAGCCAUCCUCGUCCAGAUCGUCAAGUCUUUCCUUUGGAAUGCCUCCAUGGUGCAAGUCCAGACUCCGCUCUCCCUUUCUCCAAACGCCGAGAAGGAGCAAUGGGUGGUCGCUGAAGUCGCUUCUGCGUCGACGUACACAGGCGUUGUCAACUCCGAUGCUGAGAUCAAGCCUGAGUCCACCGGAGGCACCUGGUAUCCCGUUCGUCCUGGCCUCAGCGGCUUCCGCGCCGGCUAUGUCGUCCUCCACUUCCACGGUGGAGCCUACGUUAUUGGAGAUGGCCGCACCAAGGACGCUGGAUUCGCUGCCAAGAUGUUGAUCAAAAACUCCGAAGCAACCCACGUCUACGCUCCUCAGUACCGCCUCUCUUCCAAUCCCGGCUGCCGUUUCCCGGCUCAACUCCAAGAUGCCAUCACCGCAUACAACUACCUCAUCAAGCAGGAGAACAUCUCCCCGAGCAAGAUCAUCAUCUCCGGUGACUCCGCCGGCGCCAACCUCGCUCUCUCCCUUGUCAGAUACAUCACCGAACACGGCUCCAAGACCGGUCUCGGCGAUCCUCUUGCCUGCUGGCUGUGGUCUCCAUGGGAUCCUGCCGGCUCUCUGACUUCGGAAGGCUUCGACUCGAGCCCUAACCAGGCCUCCGACUACGUGACCAGCGCAUUCGGCAUGUGGGGCGCCAAGACUCUUCAGCCCAACGCGAACAGCGGACUGACUCUGGAUCACCCAUACAUCAGCUUCAACGGUCACGCCUUUGCCACCAAGACUCCGCUGUACAUCUCGACUGGAGAGUGUGAGGUUCUGUACCACACCGAUGUGGAUUUGUACGAGAAAUUCAAUGCUAUCAAGGGAAACAAGGUUGAUUUACAGGUCGAGGAGCAUGGUGUGCACGACACCAUUCUGGCUGGUCCGUUGCUUGGAUUUGAAAAGGAAGCCGAUGUGGCAGCGAAGCGGGCUGGUGAGUGGCUGAGGAAGGUUGUGGCGGCUAACAAGAAGGCUUGA